AUGUUGUUUGUGCUGUGCGUGAUGGCUCUGCUCUUUGGCUUCCCUCUGGGAGAGGCCUUCGUUCUCCAUCCCUCCCAGGGGAAGCCAACAGGAACAGGCACUUCCAUCUCAGACAUGCCGGUUGUCAAGGCGAACAGAUGCCAGGGGGAGUCACUGCAGGCCAUCAAACAGAAGCUGUUGAAGGCCCUAAACCUAGAUCAGGAGCCUCAAGUUUCCAGCGCUGGACUGCCCAAGCUUAGGGCUCAGUGGAAGGCCGCUUUUGAAGCUGCUUCACAAAGCUCGGUGAAGUCACAUGAUGCCACUGAACCUCCAACAAAACAGAACCUCCAACACAACAGAACCUCCACACCGGAGUUGCCUGAGAACCAAGACAUUGGUAACAACACUGGCCUGCACUGCUAUCAGCUGGUUUCACAGAUCUUCAUAACAGAUCUGGGCUGGGAGAGCUGGGUCAUAUACCCAGAAACCUUCACCUACACUCAGUGCACAGUCUGCACCCCCAACCUGGACCUGACAGUCCCGAGGUACCGAACACACAGCCCCCCCGAGCCAGGCACCUCGUCAGAGUGCUGUCAGCCGACCUCCCAGGAGCUGGUGCCGUUCAUCUACAUGGACGAGUUCAACACGCUGGUCAUCUCCUCCGUGCACCUGGCCCGUGGAUGCAGCUGCAAACCAGGACCCGACCACCAGCCUGUGCAGAACUGA